AUGGACUGGAUCACCCCGGACCGUGCUGUUCUUGGGGAUGGGUUGACGUACAAGGUGGACUGGCAGCCCCAGCAUUGUAAAGGGUGCACAGGUAUGGAAAUGUCACAUAGGAUGCCCUCCUUUCCCUCAGCCUGCCUUCAGCUUCCUCAGGCAUGAAGACAACUUCCCAUCAGAACCUCUUUUCUUCCCUUUCUCCACCACACAGACGAGACCCAUGAGAGGGAGAAACAGCUCAAUAGAUACUGCUGACCUUCAUUUGUGGAAUCCUCAGUCAUCUACAGACAAAGAGGUGACUAGACAGGGACCCAAAUCAAACACCAUUUCCGGGUCCU